AAACUACUUGUUGCCCUUUUCGGAAAGUCAGUUUCACUAGCGAUUGCUGUGGUAGCUUGUUGCGCAUCGACUUGAAAUUCAAAUUGCGGCGUGACGGAUUUAAAAUUGUCAACAAACAUUUACUACAUUGUUUUUGUUUGCUUAAAAGUGUUUACUAAUUAAAAUGGAUCUUACCUGCACCGAAAAUUUCGCGAACAGCUGUACCGCUGAAAGGGACAGAAGUAUUUUUAAUGAUGGUCGCGUUAUAAACAAUUUACUUAACGACGAAGUGUUUUCGAUACCGAAAUGUGAUUAUUUUCAAACUGUUCAAAAUGACAUUCAACCGUUUAUGAGGAAAGUCGUUACUACUUGGAUGCUGGAGGUAUGCGAGGAACAAAUGUGCGAAGAUCAAAUCCUACCUCUGGCCAUCAACAUAAUGGACAGAUUCCUUUGCGUUUGUCCGAUCAAGAGACAACAGCUUCAACUGCUUGGAGCGACGUGUCUUUUGAUAUCUUCGAAAAUCAGGAGCACCAAUCUUCUUCCCAUAGACCUACUUUGCGCUUACACGGAUUACAGCGUCACCUACGAACAUAUUUCGAAUUGGGAACUUCUGAUUCUGUCGAAACUUCAAUGGAACAUAUCAGCAGUCACAGGAUUCGAUUAUAUCGAUCAAGUUAUCGAACGGUGUCAAUGGGGAAGUGAAAAUCCACUUCUUAGGAGGCAUGCUCAUACCUUGGUGUCGAUAUGCUAUACCGAACCCAGCUUGAUUCAAACGCCACCCUCGGUCAUAGCGGCUGCCUGCAUCAGCUCCGCAGUCAGAGGCCUGAAGCUCCUCUGCACCGAAACAGCCCUACGAGACAUCUGCACCAUGUUAAACGUCGAUCCGAAAACCAUAGAGUUUCUCGUCGGCGUUAUAGACAACGCCGUAUCGAAAGUGGCGCCCUCUACUCCAGAAAAACCCGAAACGACGCUAACGAAAACCGUUCAAGGAUACGAAAGUCCGCAGUACGGACAACCGAAGACGCCCACAGAAGUGGAGAAUAUUUAUUUUUAAUAGUUUGUUUGUUUUGAUGGUAUUCGUACUCACAGUUCUUGAUUUUCUUUUAAUUGCGUGUAAGUAACGAUUUUUAAACAGCAUGACGAUAGUAUUUCCUAUGUAAAUACGUAAUACACCCGACAAGACUCCAUGAAAAUGAUGUAAUUAAAAAAAAUCAUAAUAGUUUACUGUUGACCAAAUUUAUAUAAAAAAUUCCUGGACUAUAAGGAUGGAAUAUUAUUUUUAAUAGUACAGGAAAAUUUUACUCUUUUUAAACCUUUUUUUUAAACGACCGAGUUAAACGCCUUAAAAGAAAUUUUCUUUAUUUUAGUAACAUUUUUGUUAUCAAACAAGUUUUUCUUUGGAUACAUUAACUUUUAUUUUCGUAUAUCUUAAUAUUAACAAGUAAACUUCUCAAGUGUUAAUCAUUGUCAUUGACUUCUGGCAACUCUCAACUGUCAACAGUCAAAGAUGAGGCGAAUUUUAGCGCACACUCAGUAUUUCCAAGUUCAUAUUUCACGUGUUUUUUUUUAAUGUUGUGCUAUUUAAAACGCGUUACAUAUAUGUAUCGUUGGCGUGCAGAAUGCGUAUUUGUUUUUUGUGUUAUUUAAUGUUUAAAACGAUUUUAUUUCUGAAAGUUAAAAAAUGUUUUUCGUAACCAAAAAUACCUUUAAUUUUUAUAUUUUAUAUCUUUGAUCUCUGAAUUACCAGUAUAAUUCGCGUUUGGACCAGUUUAAUUUUAGAGGUAUAUAUAAAUAUAUAUAAUAGACUAGACAAUAGUACAUGAUCUCAAGUUAAAAGUUUUCAACGAUAUCCGUAUCGCACGUGACUGAAUUGAUGUCAACAAUUGGUUAAAAGUAACAUUAAUAACUUAAUAAUGUCACUGACCUAAUAGACAUACUAAGAACGUCCAAUUUUCAGGCACGUAAGAUACGAAUAUUGUUGAAGACUCGUUAGAUAUAAUUUAAGUGCCUUAAAGUUACAUUAUUUUUGAUACCUGCAACACAAAACUUGUUACCGAGUCGAGGGGUUUCAUAACAAAAUCCAAUUCCUCUAUCUUAUCACUUUUUUGAUCUUCCCUUUCUUCUCUUACUUACAAUAUUCUAGGACUUUGGCAAACAGGUCUUAAUUGACAUUCAAAACCUAUUCCUUAAGUUCUUCAGUCAUUAUAUCCAUUUUAGACAUAUCUUUCUUUAGUUCCGAAGUUCUAACACUAUCUGAUGUAUGAAUGAUUCUUAAUUGGAGCAAAAACCUUUGCAGUUGAUCCCAGUUUAAUUUUAGGUGUUCUUUUUCUUUUGGUGAAUGUUUUUCUCAUGAGCUUGUUGGGAUUAUCUAUCUGAGGGUUCAGAUAUGUACACAGCUGUGUUUUUAACAAUAUGAGGACUGUCUCUGAACCAAUGCAAGAUAUGAUUGAUCCGUUCUGAAUAGCUGAUAUCAUUUUGUGCCUUUGCCAUACGUUCUUCAAUCAUUAUGUCUUUUUUGGACACAUUUUUCCUUAUUCCCAAAGGUCUACCACUAUCUGGCAUAUAAACGAUUCUCAAUUGAAGCAAAAAUUAUUGCAGUCGAUCCCAGUUUAAUAUCACGAGGUGUUCUUCUUCUUUUAGUGAAUGUUUCUCUCAUGAGCUUGUUGGGAUGUUUGUCUCAGACAUGCACACAAGUGGUUCUAGGAUACUAUAAGGACUGUCUUAGCCAAUGCAAGAUGCAGUUGGUCCUUUACUCUAGAUGCUGAGUAACUAACACCAUUUUGAAGACUGUUGUGCCAUUCUAGACCUCUGCUUCAAGUUCUUGAGCUAUUAUGUCCAUUUUGGACAAUGGUGUAUUCCAAAAUAAACCACUGGUAUGUAGGUGAUUAUUAAUUGGAGCAGAAACCGUUGCAGUUAAUCCUUGCUUAAUUUUGGGUAACUGACAUAAUUUUGAAGACUGUUAUGUCUUUGUCUCAAGUUUUUCGACCAUGAUACCCAUCUUGGCCAUCUGUCUUUCAUUUUUAAAUCAGUUGACAUCAUUUUGAAGACUGUUAUGUCAUUUAUGACCUUUAUGUCAAGUUCUUGAGCCAUGAUGUUCAAUUUGGACAUCUCUUUCCUUUUUAAAUAAGUUGUAAAAACAACUGACAUCAUUUUGAAGACUGUUAUGUCAUUUCUGACCUUUAUGUCAAGUUCUUGAGCCAUCAUGUUCAAUGUGGACAUCUCUUUCCUUUUUAAAUAAGUUGUAAAAACAACUGACAUCAUUUUGAAGACUGUUGUGCCUUUGUCUCAAGUUCUUCAGCCAUGAUAACCAUCUUGGAAAUCUGUCUUUCCUUUUUAAAUCAGUUGUAAAAACAACUAACAUCAUUUUGAAGACUGUUAUGUCAUUUAUGACCUUUAUGUCAAGUUCUUGAGCCAUGAUGUUCAAUUUGGACAUCUAUCUUUCCUUUUUAAUUAGUUGUAUAAGUAAUUGACAUCAUUUUGAAGACUUAUAGACCUCUUGAGUUCUUCACAGAAAUCUAGCACCAAUUUGGACGUUAUCUUGUUUUUCUAGCUAUCUAUUGGUCUCAUUCAUUUUCUGCAGCUUCUGUAAUUUAAUCUUUAGUUCGUCUAUAUUCGUCUGUAUUUGUAGAUGUUUAUUUCCAGCCAAUAUCUUUUGAAUUUUCUUUUCAGACGUUGUGCUUCAAUUAAAUUUAAAAACUCGGAUUACCUUUUUUUUCUCUCUUACUGUCCUUCAUGUUAUUUAUUUUUUUAUUUAAUUUGUAUUGUCCUUUGUCUUUUUAUUCUCAAUUUUAAUAACAAAUGUUUGUGUUGCCUUUUUUUAAGUAAUAUAAAUAAGUAUGUUUCUGUGAUCUUAUAAAACCUUCAAAAUUCUUUUUCUCAUCAAAUUUUAGGACCUUAUUAAAAAAAAAAAGUUGUGAAUUAAUAUUUUGGUUAUUAUUAUUGGUUUUGUUAU